AGCGCCAGGGCUGGGAUCUCGCAGAGGGCAUGUUUAUUUAGUGGACUCACAGAGUGCUUUUUCCACAACAAAUUGAUGUUUAUUUCCUGAUUCCUGAAUUCAGUCAUCAAGUAUGAGCAAUUAUCAUGGACAGAAUGGAAGUUAAGAGGGACAUUUAUCAACUAUGGCUUCAUUAUAAGGCAAAGAAUGAAGAAGAAUACUUCCGUCUAUUUGUUCGUGGAUUUGUAUCAGUAUGGGAGGGACAGCUACCAUUGGAUUGGUCAUCUCUGCCAAAUUGGACAGAUAUUCGACCAGAUUCGGGUCCGCAUCUUUCUCGUCUCCCUGAAGAGUUACUUCCCACAGUUAGCCAAUUUAUGCAAGAGGCUCGAAGUGACACAGAAAAUAGAACAUUAAAUUGUGAGUCAUUAUCAGAGGUUGAGCUACUCACUCACCUUCUUACAAUUUUAGCCCGUAACUUAGACAACAUUCCCUUGAUAGCUUCAUGUGAUUAUGUAUCUAUAAGUAUUGGAAUAGCAGCUACUGUGAUACAUCAGCUUGUAGAAGAGAGUGCUCAUUUUGGGGAAGCUGGUGUUUCUUUCUUUACAAGUGUAUGUCACCUUUUGGAGGUGCUAUACGACCCUUACUUUACUUGGCACCACUUUUUGCGUGGCAAUGAGGCUGACUUUGAGAAGAUUGCAUUUCAACCCGCCCUUCUUCAUGUUGAAGUUGUCCCCUUUAUUUAUGAUUGUUUUGAAACCAAUUUAAUUGAGAGUUACCCACAUCUGGGCUCUCAACUUAUUCAUGUCCUGGGAGCUGUUGUUUCGGGAGCUCAGAGCAUAAUUGUGCAAUUGGAUCCUGUUUUCCCUGCACUACCUUCCCUAGCACAGUCAACACUUGUUAAAUCAGACAAGGCAAAAAAGAGUCCAGUUUUGGCUAAAGGAUUAUCAAAAACAUCAUCUUGUUUUUGCCUUAGUGAUGGGCAUAACGCCCUUCGUGCAAUAUGUCCAGCCACUGUCAACAUGAUUAUUGCUGUUGUUGGGAACCUUGCUACGCCUCCUGAGCUGAGAUAUCAUGCUCUUCAGUGUUUUGUGCUUAUGGCACGAGUACUUCUUAAGUCAUCUCCAGACCAGCGACAAAUUGAAGUGGGAACAAUGGUUCAACUAAUUCGUGACCUGUUAAUUCGUGAAGUAAAAGAGGGAUCUUGGACAUCUGACAGUAUCCAUGCUCUUACCCAAAUAGUUUCUGCAGUGAAGGCUCUGUUAGUAUGGCCUUUACCUCCAAAAAAAAGUCAAGCUCACAAUAUUUCCUAUUCGCAUGCUCAAGCAUUGCAUGCUCAUAUGCAACAGCUGCUCUUGGAUUGCCAGAUUCCAGAUGCUCUUAUUUUACUUUUGAAUGAGUCUGCUAGUAAAAAUAUGGAGAAGCAGUCGCUGGCAGUGGAGGUUGUGCGAGUGUUUUCUGCUCUUUUAGCUGGCUCCAACUCUGUUAAAGAGCGGCUACUGAAAACAGAUGUGUAUACUCGCAUAGCAGAUGCUUUGCGGUCUUUAGGUGACCCCAAAAGACCACUUCUGCGUGCAUUGCUUGCGUUGGCAACAGAGGAAAAUGAGUGUCAUUCAUCAGAAUCAGAAAAUGUUUUAAAAAAUGGCCAUGCACUGCUUGUACUGCUCCGAUGGCUCCCUGCGGUUCCUGAUGUGGAUCAAGUAUGGCUUGCUGAAAAUAUUGCUAAACUGUGCAAUGCUUCACUUCAAAGUCGUGUUGUGUGUUCUGCUCAUCAAGUUAUCCUUGAGAUCUGUGCAUUGAUGGAACAGCAUGCAUCACUUUCCCGACCAACAGUGGGGGAACUCCUAGGGCUACUCGAAGGGCUUGCUGCUCAUUGUAUCACUCCACUGGAAUUGAAGAGCAUAUUCCUGCUCUUACGAGAGGGAGAUUCAGAGGAGAAGUGUCCUUAUCAAAGUCAACUACUUCAUGCCAUCUCUGCGGUUGCCCGUCGUGGAGAGCAUAGUGACUGUCAUUACUUCUUCAACAUCCAGAAUGACACAGAUGGUCUUUCGGUUCCUGGGAUUCGUAAAUGGCCAGGUGCAGGCUACGGUUUCAGUUUCCACUGCUGGGUGAAACUUGACAGUGAACCUGACUCGGCAGCUCCAAGCCCAACAAGCCCGGCAAGCCGUGCCACCAGUCCAGGGUCUGCCGCUAGCCCAGCCAGUGGGCGCAGUGGUCUAAGUCCUAUGACAGUAAAAACCCCUAUAGGAAGUCACCCUUCUAGCCCAGCUUCAAGUCAAACCAGCAGCAGUAGAGUUGGUGUGGAGAACAAGAGACGUCAGCUUUUCAACUUACUCACUAGUAAUAAUACUGGUGUGGAAAUUUUCUUUCGUGCUGAUGGCAUGCUAGUUGUAGCCAUCAGUACCAAGAAAGAGUUCCUUACUGCUACUGUCCCAGACAUUCCCCUCACUGACAACCGAUGGCACUGCAUCGGCGUGUGUAUAACUAUGGCAAGGAGGCCUUUUGGACACAACCAGAUUCAGGUUUUUGUGGACGGUACCCAACGUUUGUCAGUCUCCAUCAAAUUUCCCUCAAUGAGUGAGCCCUUCACGUACUGCACCAUCGGGUCGGCGGUGCAGCGCGGUGCUGCCGCCCCCGGGGUGCCGUGGGGAGACGGGCCCGGCGCCUCUCCGCGCCGCUCGCCGGGCGUGCUGGAGCGGGCGGCGGGGGCGGGCGGCGGCCUGCUGCCGUCCCUCAUGAACCAGGUGCCCAGCUACCUGUCGCUGCCGCUGCCGCUGCGCGGCUCGGCGCCGCUCGACCCCAACGUCAAGAGCUUCCAGGCCGGGCUGCAGGACGCCGUGUGGGGCUCGGCGGGCUGCCUGCGCGGCCAGCUCGGCACGGCGGCGCUGCUGCAGGACGCGCUCGGGCCCAUGCAGGCGCGGCUGCUCUUCCAGCAGGGCCCCAACUGGAGGGGCCUCUUCUCCAGCGAGGAGGGCGCGGACCUGAGCGACCUGGUCAACCGCCUCGUCUUCUGCUUCUCGCCCGCCGCCUGCUGGGACAACCUGUGCCUCGACCUGGCGCCGGGCAACAAGUACGACGGCCACGUGCUGGCGACCCAGUGCUCCACCCUGGGCAUCAAGACGGCGCUGCUCAUCGACCGCAAGUUCAGCAUGGACCUCAAGCAGAAGGUCCUCAAACUGACCUCGGUGCUGCUCAGGACCGACAGGGUGUACGACAUGCACAAGAAGCGCUUGCGCCUGCAGGACUCCUCGACCGUGCUCGCCGGGCUUGUCGGCGGCGGCGUGGGCAUGUACCCGGGCCUCAUAGCGCUCCUGGGCGACCAGAAGCUCUCCAUGGAGGUGGCAGCCAUGCUGCUGGACCAAGUACUUCUGACCGAGACGGCCGCGAGCUACGCGGGCGCCCUGUCGCUGCUGCACGCGCUGUCGCUGGCCGAGCUGGACAUCAAGGUGGAGGUGGCGCGCAAGGUGCUCACGACGCUCUUCAUGCGGCCGGGCGCCCCGGGCGCCGUGGCGCGCCAGGUGGGCUGGCAGGACUGCGUGUCCAGGCUGCUCGUCAAGCGGCCCAUCUCCACGGCGCCGACCUCGGCCGCCGAGGACUCCUCGCUGCCCGACCUCAUGACGUUCGACGAGGACGCGUUCGAGCUGGACGGCGGCGCGACGGCCAGCUCGCUCAUCCACCGCUCGCACUCGCCCUCGUCCGUCUCCAGGAUCUCGGCGUCCGUCUCUGACGCCGCCUCCGUCCUCGAGAGCGAGAUCAAAGACGUGGCCGAGUCGGUGACGCUCGCCAUCGGGGACAACAUCCAGUACGCGGCCGACAACAUCAGCUCGUUCAUGGGCUCGGCCUACUCCGUGUUCCGCCAGAAGACGGUGGAGAUGCAGGAGAGCCUGGAGGGGCUGGGCGAGAGCGCCGUGCACCGCCUCAAGCACAACGGGGCCGGCGCCGUGCGCAGCGGCUCGUCCCUCAGCGAGCGGCCCUCGGUGGACUCGGCCAGCCCCGGCACCCGCUCCCGGUCGAGCAGCAGCUCCGAGGACGUGUCGUCGGCGGCCGCGGAGAGCAGCAGGGCCUCGCUGUCCGUGACGGACGGCGCGGCGCAGUCCCAGGACGGCGGCGGCGGCGGCGCGGACGUGUCGUCGGCGGCCGCGGAGAGCAGCAGGGCCUCGCUGUCCGUGACGGACGGCGCGGCGCAGUCCCAGGACGGCGGCGGCGGCGGCGGCGGCGCGGGCGGCGACAGCGACACGGAGGAGCAGCGGGAGGCGCUGCGCCAGUGGGUGGCGCUGGACGCGGACCGCCAGGGCGACCGCGAGGAGGACCUCUGCUACCUCGUGCUCAACAUCCUCUUCACCGUGCUGUGGCGCGGCGUGGAGACGGGCAGCCGCGACUGCUGGCGGGAGCGUGGACAAGUGAUGGCUUGUAUCAACCUGCUGGGACUCAACAACGAGCUGCACGGCUCACACCUGCAGCUCAAGCUGCGCCUGCUCGAGAUGGGCGUGCAGGCGGCGCUCUCCGACCUGCGCGAGUCCGCAUCCUCGUCGUCGGGCACCUCUGGCGGCGGCGGCGUCGGCUCAGCGUCGCCCCCACAUGCGUCCGCCGCCGACAACGCGGCGCAGCUGCUGCGCUGGGUCUACGACCUGGUGGUCCUCGAUCCCAACCCGGACUGCUCCAAGAAGGUGUCCACCAAGCUGCUCGACGGCGUGCUCGGCCUCCUCGACGCCCUGCUCGUCUUCCACGAGGGCCCUCAGGAGGAGUGGACCGAGAUGGCCAAGCUUUCCUUCGGCGUGCUGCUGAGCUGCGCGGCGGGCCCCCAGCUGGACCUGUGCGCCAUGGCCACGGCCAAGCUGCACGCAUUGGUGCAGACCAGGCGCCAGGCCGCGCUCGAGGAGAGCGCCUACCUGCUGUUCGUGCUGGACGGCGUGGCCCAGGACGCCGUCAAAGCCGAGAACCAGGAGCACUACUCGUUCCUGAUGCCGGUCGUGAGGGCGCUGGUGGAGAAGUUGUCGGCGCCGCUGUGCGUCCCUCAGUACUGCCUGGACCUGCCCUCCACCGCAGCCGGGCCCGUGUUCUUUGAGGAGUUCCAGAGCUACAGUCAGGGCGACCAGUGGCGGCAGUUUGUGGAGCAGCAGGUGAAGCCACUUCACGACUCCUUUAAGGCGGCACUCUCGUCGCAGCUCACUGAGGCCAUGAACACUUUCUGGGCCGAAUGCUACGAAGCAUCCAAGGCUUCUGCUCUCAAGAGACACCGCGAGGUGGCCGCCAGCAAGAUCCGUUUCCAGGAGCUGAUCGGCGUGCCCUUCAGGGCGCGUGCUGCCGAGGACAGCGUCCGCUUCGCCAACCUCCAGUCGCAGCUGCGGAACCGGCAGCUUGUGGUGCGGCGCCAUUGGAGGACCACCAGCAGCUUCCUCAGCGGGCCGCGCGGCGCAUGGAGACACAGGAGCCCCGAGGAGCGCCACUGGAAGCUGUCCCACCAUGAGAACUACUCGCGCAUGCGCCUCAAGCUGUGCCCCAACCUCGGCUUCAACCCGCACACUGACGCCAGCAACCUCAGAGACAACACGGCCAACAUUAAGCGAGAUAGUGUGGGCUGGCUGUCCCGGAGGCGCUCCUCAGAGACCCCGCUGUCGCUGACGUCCUGGUCGGCCGCGGUGCGCACAGAGCUCGAUGAUGACACCCUUCCGGAGGAGGAUUUGCGCUCGCUGCUGUCCGAGCCCGAGCCAGCCGAGGAGGUGACACGCGAGGAGAAGCUCGUGCUGUCCCAGGAGUGCGAGCUGGUGACCCUCAUGACCUCGGUGCGGGGGCGCCUCGAGCUCACCACGACCCACGCCUCCUUCUGCGACCUGAGCCCCCUGCAGGAUGACGGCGAGCGGCAUGACUUCAAGUGGCCACUCUCAAGAUUAAGGGAAGCUCACCUAAGAAGAUACAACCUGAGGCGCAGCGCGCUGGAGUUCUUUUUGAUGGACCAGACCAAUUAUUUUGUCAAUUUCACUCCAAAGACUCGCAACAAGGUGUAUUCAAGAAUAUUGGGCCUGAGGCCUCCCAAUUUGCUGAUCUCGAGCAGUCGGUCUCCGGCCGAACUGUUACGAGCUUCCGGCCUCACCCAAAAGUGGGUAAAUCGAGAAAUAUCAAAUUUUGAUUACCUCAUGCAGCUCAACACCAUCGCCGGGCGGUCGUACAAUGACCUCUCGCAAUACCCGGUGUUCCCCUGGAUCAUCGCUGACUACACAUCCAAAGACCUGGACCUGGAGAACCCGGCCACCUUCCGCGACCUCUCCAAGCCCAUCGGCGUGGUGAACCCUAAGAACGUGGCCGAGGUCAAGGCGAAGUACGACAACUUCGAGGACCCCUCCGGCGUGAUCGCAAAGUUCCACUACGGCACGCACUACUCCAACAGCGCGGGCGUGCUACACUACCUGGUGCGCGUCGAGCCCUUCACGUCGCUGCACGUCGAGCUGCAGAGUGGCAGGUUCGACGUGGCCGACCGCCAGUUCCACUCCAUCCCGCAGACGUGGAAGCUGCUGAUGGACAACCCAAACGACGUCAAGGAGCUGACGCCCGAGUUCUUCUUCUUCCCCGAGUUCCUCAAGAACCUCAAUGGCUUCGACCUGGGCCUGCUGCAGGGCACCAAGGAGCGCGUCACGGACGUGGUGCUGCCGGCGUGGGCCAGCAGCCCUGAGGACUUCAUCUUCAAGCACCGCAGGGCGCUGGAAUGCGAGUAUGUCUCAGCUCACAUACACGAAUGGAUAGAUCUGAUAUUUGGCUACAAACAAAAGGGGCCAAAAGCCGUGGAAGCUUUGAACGUCUUCUACUAUUGCAGUUACGAGGGUGCUGUCGACCUAGACGCGCUGAAAAGCGCCGUGGAGCGGGAGGCCAUGGAGGGCAUGAUCAACAACUUCGGGCAGACGCCGUGCCAACUCCUCCGGGAGCCGCAUCCCCAGCGCCUGUCCCUGGCCGAGGCCGCGACCCGCCAGCUGCGCCCGGACCUCACCCAGCAUCUGGACAAGAUCCGGCCCUUCACCAUCAUGGAGCUCACCUCCGACCGGGACGCCGUCGCCUUCGUGUCUCCGCCGCGCUCGCCGCCGCGGUCCUUCCUCGCGGCUGCCCUGCCCGAUGUUGUGGUCACCGUCACGAGGUCGGGGGUCCUGGGCGUGCACCAGUGGCUACCCUCCGACAGGCACUCGCCCAGAGGGUUCUCCUUUGAAGUUGACCCUUCAACCAGCAACCCCAAGUAA